UGGAAAAACACUGGUUGUGGUUGUGCGGGGCAGCAGGGAUUGCAACAUCGACCGUCUUGUUGCUACUUCUCAGAUGUGAUCUCACCAAUGUUUCACUGCUCGCCUGGUUCAGAGAAGCCACAGUGACUUGAGAAAGACUCUACAUGUUCAGAGGGACAAACACACCUGUUGAUCUUUGAAAUAAGCACUGCUGGACUAAUGGGGGAUCUGCGGCAAAAGAUGGGGAUCAUGUCCCAGACCAUUUGUGCAAGAUCACGGACUCCAUCUGAAGAAGACUUGAAGGCCCCAACUGGUGGGAAAGGAGAGAAAAUGCAUUUGAAGAGAGAAAUCUCCCUCAUCAAUGGGAUCUGUCUCAUCGUGGGCAACAUGAUUGGCUCUGGGAUCUUUGUCUCACCAAAGGGGGUACUGAUACACAGCGCCUCUUACGGCCUAUCCUUGGUGAUUUGGGCUAUUGGAGGUAUCUUCUCCGUGUUUGGGGCUUUGUGCUAUGCAGAGCUUGGCACCACCAUCACCAAGUCUGGAGCCAGUUACGCCUACAUCCUGGAGUCGUUUGGUGGCUUUCUGGCUUUCAUCCGUCUGUGGACGUCCAUCCUGCUGAUCGAGCCAGCCAGCCAGGCUAUAAUUUCACUGACCUUCGCCAGCUACCUGUUGGAGUCUUUCUACCCAACCUGCCAGCCGCCGUAUGAUGCUGUCCGCCUUAUUGCUGCGGCCUGCCUCUGUAUACUCAUCUUCAUCAACUGUGCCUACGUGAAAUGGGGGACUCUGGUCCAGGACAUCUUCACUUAUGCCAAACUCAUGGCACUUCUCCUCAUCAUUGUUGUGGGACUCCUGAAGAUAGCUAGUGGAGAAACAAAGACCUUCGAGAGUCCAUUUGAGGACUCCUCCACAGAUCCCGGUUCCAUUGCUUUGGCCCUCUACUCAGCUCUGUUCUCCUACUGUGGCUGGGACACACUCAACUUUGUCACAGAGGAGAUUAAGAAUCCAGAGAAGAAUCUGCCCCUGGCCAUCGCUAUUUCCAUGCCCAUAGUGACCAUCAUCUACCUGCUGACCAACGUGGCGUACUAUGUCGUUCUGGACAUGCCGUCUCUGCUGGCCAGUGAUGCCGUUGCUGUGACAUUUGGGAAUGAAGUCCUGGGCCCUUUCAAAUGGAUCAUCCCCGUUUCAGUGGCCAUGUCCUGCUACGGAGGACUCAAUGCUUCUGUCAUUGCCGCCUCACGCUUGUUUUUCGUCGGAGCCAGAGAGGGCCACCUCCCUGACAGCCUCAGUCUGAUCCACCUGGAGCGCUACACACCAAUACCUGCGCUGCUGUUCAAUGGCGUAAUGGGUCUGAUCUUUCUGUGCGUGGAGGACGUGUUCCAGCUCAUCAACUAUUUCAGCUUCAGCUACUGGUUCUUUGUGGGUCUGUCUGUUGCCGGCCUCAUCUACAUGCGCAUCACUCAGCCAGACAGACACAGGCCUGUGAAGUUGACCUUGUUCUUCCCCUUCAUCUACUGUCUGUGCAGUGUGUUCUUAGUCAUCGUCCCUCUCUACGGAGACACCAUCAAUUCUCUCAUAGGAAUUGCUAUUGCACUUUCUGGUGUGCCAGUCUAUUAUGUGGCCAUUUACCUGCCUGAGGAGAGGAGGCCCACAUUCAUGCGCAAGUUAAACGCAUUGGCCACCAGAUACACCCAGAAGGUGCUCUACUGCUGCCUGACCGAAUUUGACAUUGAGACAGAAACACAAGCAGGUGGUAAAACACAAUGAGCUGCAGACAUCGCCCGUCCUUUACUAGCCUGCUUUUGGCCUCAGUCCCAACCGUGUGCCUGCGUUCUUGCUCCCGGAAUGCAGAAAAACAAGGCCUUGCAUGGACAGAGUGGCAGAGCACACGCUCACAACAUUUGUGAGGAUAACUUCUGCGAGGUCAAGUUAAAAAAAGGCCUGGCAUCUCAAAUGACUUACCAAGAACAAGCAGGCACUUAACAAACUGUUGCUUUCGUCUGUAAAUGUGAUAUAAUGUACUACAGAGAUGAAGGGAUAUCUUCUGUGAGGACUGAAACAAAAUAGCUGAAAGAUGAUUGCAGAUAUGCAACUUGUUUUUUAGACUUGUGAGAAGAAGUAAACUCAUCACUUUUUUAUUGUCUCACAUUGUUUGAUGAAGCAUCAAAUAUGAUUGAAUUUUAUCCUCUGAUUGUCCUUAUUUUCAAUAGUUUGACAUAUUGUGUUUCAUAAAUGUAACCUUGAGUGUAUUUCAGUAUUGCUGUUUUUAAGUAAAUGCAGCACGGUGGCUCACUGGUUGGCACUGUUGCCUCACAGCAAGAAGGUCCUGGGUUUGAACCCUGGCCAUCUCAAGUCUUUUCUGUUUGGGUUUCCACUGUGUGCUCCGGCUUCCUCCCACCAUCAAAGACAUGUAUGUCAGGGUUAAUACUCGUGUCAGUGUCCCUGAUUGAGGCAAAAGAACUGGAGCUGGUCCCUGGACACUGCACUGUGGCUGCCCAUUGUGUGUGUGUGUGUGUGUGUGUGUGUGUGUGUGUGUGUGUGUGUGUGUGUGUGUGUAUAGGAUGGGUCAAAUGCAGAGGAUCAAUUUCCCCAUGGGGAUCAAUAAAGCACUCUUCUUCUUCUUUUUC